ACAAUAAUAAUUAACCACAUAAAGACUUGUCAAUUAAUUAAUUUGUAUCAUAUAUGAUGUGGCGUGAGUAUAUAAGUUGACAAAGCUGCUAGAUAUGACUACUUAUCAUCUAAAAGAAGAGGCCAGGAUGAGCGGAGAGGGGAAGGUGGUAUGCGUCACCGGUGCUUCCGGCUACAUAGCUUCUUGGCUUGUCAAGCUUUUGCUCCACCGUGGUUACACUGUGCAUGCCACCGUUCGAAACCUCAAGGAUCCAAGUAAGGUGUCACAUCUUCUUGAAUUAGAUGGUGCUAAGGAAAGAUUGCAUUUGUUUGAAGCCGACUUAGUUGAGGAAAACUCUUUUGAUCAUGCAAUUAAUGGAUGUGAAGGUGUUUUUCACACAGCAUCACCUGUAGAUUUAUCACCAUCAGCAACUAAGGUAGGAGUAGUGGAUACUGCAGUAAAGGGGACACUAAAUGUUCUUGGAUCAUGUGUGAGAACACCUUCUUUGAAAAGGGUAGUGGUGACAUCCUCAACAGCUUCGAUUUUGUUCAAACGUGAUCCUAUAACUCCAAUGACGGUAAUUGAUGAGACUUGGUAUACAGAUAAAGAAUUUGCUUUAGAAGCAAAGCAAUGGUAUGUCCUGUCUAAAGUCCUUGCCGAGGAAGCUGGAUGGAAGUAUGCAGAGGAGAAUGGGAUUGACUUGGUUUCUUUACAUCCUGCUCUUGUUAUUGGCCCACUUCUGCAGCCCACUCUUAAUGCUACAAGCAAAGUCAUUAUAGAUCUUGUAAAAGAAGGUAAGGAUGGAUUACCUAAUGGAAUCUACCCUGUUGUUGAUGUUAGAGAUGUCGCAAAUGCACAUAUCCAAGCAUUUGAGUUACCUUCUGCCCGUGGAAGAUACUGUUUGGUUGCGAUAACAAUGCACUCUUCCCAAGUUUUGAAGAUUGCAAGCCGGCUUUUUCCUUCUCUUCCCAUUUCUGACAAAUAUAAAGAUGACUUGCCUGCAGUAGCAACGUACCAAGUAUCCCAGGAAAAGGCAAAAAGCUUGGGGAUCAACUACACUUCUUUUGAUGUGAGCCUUAAGGAUACUAUUGAAAGUUUAAAAGAAAAAAACUUCCUCAUCUUCUAAUUCUUGAGCUUCUUCUCACUCAUGUGGUGGCAUUGAGGGAGGGAUAGAUGUUUUAAUUAUUUAGGUGGUGUUUAAUUGGAGACUUUGUACUCUAUUAUAAGAUUUGAUAUCUAUUAUCAUAUUUGUUUGUUUACUUUUGUUAUGAUAUUAUUGGAUUCAAAUCUUUAGUAA